AUGGUCAAAGUUGCGCUUAUAACGGGAGGGACAAGUGGCAUGGGCCUCGAUGUCGCACAACAGCUUGAUAAAACUGGUGCCUGGAAAGUCCACAUCAUCGGGAGCAACAAGGAACGCGGCGAAAAUGCAGCAGCUUCAUUGGAGAACACCACAUUUCAUCAAGUGGACGUGAAAAGCUACGACGAGCAAGGCGCCGCAUUUGAUGAAAUCUUCAAUGAACACCAACGCUUGGACUUUGUUUUUGUUAAUGCCGGCAUAGCCCAGAAUGUCAACACAAUGUAUACAUACCAUGAUACAACUGGCAUUCCUCCACGGCCUAUCCCAUCUUCAAAUGGCAUCGAAGGUGUACUUGAUAUAAACCUUACAGGGGCUAUCUAUACCUCUUACCUGGCUAUGCAUUAUUUCCGCCGAUCGCCAGAAGAAACGAGAGGAGAAAGACACUUGAUUCUCACAUCAAGUAUUGGUGGGAUAUACCCAUGUGUCCAUACACCGAUUUACGUAGCAACGAAACACGCGAUGAUCGGAUUCACUCGCUCAAUGGCACCUCGUUUAUGGCGCGAUGGUAUCAAGAUGAAUGCUAUUUGUCCUGGAACUGUGAUAACGCCCCUAUUGACAGAUGAGAUUAAAGCUUUUUUUGAUAAAGCGGCACUCAUUAAGAUGAGCCAUGUUACGGACGUCGUGUUCAAGUGUAUUUCUGGGCAUGAAAUGACUGACUCAAAGGGUGUUUCUGUUCCGGCUGACGAGCUUUUUGGAAGAUCUAUUUUGAUUUCUGUGGAGAGAUUCUUUUUUGUUGAGAUGCCUGAGCUGUUUGAUGAGCCGAUGCGCAUCACUUAUAAAGGUAUGGUCGAGGGAUGUCUUUAA